CCGCAGCGCCGCCGCUUGUAAACAGAUCCCACCCCACGUGACGCGCGCGCGGUCCUUGCGCGGGGGCGCCGCGCAUUGUCCGCGUUGGUGACCGGCGGGACCCGCGCGGGCAGCGGGAGGAGGAGAUUCCCGUCCGCUCUUUCUUCCUCGUCGCUCCCGUGGGGAAGCAGCGCACCCCCUCCUCGUACCCCGGCCGCUAAGAUGGCUGGUGGUGGGCGGUAAGGCGGCGCGGGGCUGCGGAGCAGCUGACGGGACGGGAGCGCGGAGGGCGGGCGGCGUGUGCCCGUGUGCGGAGCCGCGCAGCGCCAUGUCCGCCUUCGCCCUGGAGGAGACGCUGGAGGCUGACUGGGUGGCCGUCAGGCCGCACGCCUUCCAGGAGCGGGAGAAGCACAAGUUCGCUUUCAUCGUGGCCUGGAACGAGAUCGAGGGCAAGUUCGCCAUCACCUGCCACAACCGCACGGCCCAGCGCCAGCGCAGCGGCUCCCGCGAGCUGCGCCGCGGGGGCCCCGAGGCCGGAACCGCUCCCAAGGCCGGCGGUCCCGCGGUUCGCAAGGACCCGGGGCCGCCCUGGGGCUGCGCCCAUCCCCGGGCCGAGGCGCUGCCCAGGAGCCCGCUGCGCGCCAAGGGCAGCCCGGCCCGGAGGCCGCAGCGCGGCCCGGACGCGGCAGGUGCUGCCGAAGAGAUCGAAGUGCUGGAGCUAGGAAAGGAGGACGUGGCCGCCGCGCUGUCGCUGCCGCCCUCGCCGCCGCGGGCGGGCGAGCCGAGCCCUCCCGACGCGGAGCCCGCGGGGGAGGAGUGCAGCUGGGCCGGCCUCUUCUCCUUCCAAGAUUUGCGGGCCGUCCACCAGCAGCUCUGCUCGGUGAACUCGGAGCUGGAGCCCUACCUGCCUGCCUUCCCCGAGGAGCCCUCGGGCAUGUGGACGGUGCUGUUUGGAGCGCCGGAACUAUCCGAGCAGGAGAUGGACGCUCUGUGCUACAAGCUGCAAGUUUACUUGGUUCACAGCUUGGAUACCUGUGGCUGGAAGAUCCUUUCGCAGGUGCUCUUCACCGAGACCGACGACCCCGAGGAGUAUUACGAGAGCCUGAGUGAGCUGCGACAGAAGGGGUACGAGGAGGUGCUCCAGAGGGCCCGCAGGCGCAUCCAGGAGCUUCUGGAAAAACAUAAGAAUACAGAAAGCAUGGUAGAAUUGCUUGAACUGUACCAAAUGGAAGAUGAAGCCUACAGCAGUCUUGCAGAAGCGACCACAGAGCUCUACCAGUACUUACUGCAACCAUUCCGAGAUAUGAGGGAACUUGCAAUGCUUAGAAGACAGCAGAUAAAGAUCUCGAUAGAGAAUGACUACCUAGGCCCCAGAAGAAUUGAGAGUCUGCAAAAAGAAGAUGCUGAUUGGCAGAAAAAAGCACACAUGGCUGUGCUUUCUAUUCAAGAUCUUACAGUCAAAUACUUUGAAAUAACAGCUAAAACACAAAAAGCUGUGUAUGAUAGAAUGCGAGCAGACCAGAAAAAAUUUGGUAAGGCAGCAUGGGCAGCAGCAGUGGAACGUAUGGAAAAACUUCAGUAUGCCGUUUCUAAGGAGACUUUGCAGUUGAUGCGUGCUAAAGAAAUCUGUUUGGAGCAGAAGAAACAUGCGCUGAAAGAGGAGAUGCAGAGCCUGAAAGGUGGCACAGAAGCCUUAGCCCAUUUGGACCACUUAGAAGCUGAUUACUAUGAUCUACAGCUUCAGUUAUAUGAAGUGCAGUUUGAGAUCUUGAAAUGUGAAGAGCUGCUUCUGACAGCGCAGCUUGAAAGCAUCAGAAGAUUGAUGUCAGAUUUAGAGCAGCAAUGCAAACCUUAUGUUUCCAGAACCAACCAUCCUACUAUACCUCAUGUACUUACAAACUAUGGAAACUGUACAGAGAAGAGAGAUGAAGUGGUGUAUUAUGACACUUAUGAAAGUAUGGAAGCCAUGCUUGAAAAAGAGGAUAUGGCAACAUCUGUACACUUGCAGAAAGAGGAGCUGCAAAAGUUACAACAAAAAAUCCGCCAGCUGGAAGCAAGGCGUGGACGUAUUUCAGCCAAGAAAGCCUACCUCAGAAAUAAGAAGGAGAUCUGUAUUGCAAAGCAUAAUGAGAAGAUCCAGCAGCGUCACCAGAGUGAGGAGGAGUAUAAAAUGCACCAUUCCGUUCAGCUAAAAAGAGACCAAUUGCAAGAUGAAGAGGAAAGAAAGAGCUCCUGGGUUAGUCAGGAGCGACAGAAAACCCUGGACAGACUUCGUACAUUUAAGCAGCGGUACCCUGGGCAAGUAAUUCUUAAAUCAACCAGACUACGGCUGGCUCACGCAAGAAGAAAAUGUGCAGCCAGCUCAGUGUCCGGUGUUGAGCAGCCUCAAUCUUUGCCAGCAACCAUACAAAUUCAAGAGAAGAGUGAAGAGGUGGAAUUGGAAAAAGCAGUUCAGCCUUUGCAAGUGCAGGAAUCCACAAGUGUGAAACAACUUCAAGAUGUCUCUUUGCCUCCCAAUGGUGUUACCUCUGAACUGCCCCAUGUUAGCACUUCUCCACUCACCAGUGACCAGCUUCAGCCAGAGACUUCUGCUGGAGUCCAGCUUCCACCCCCUUUGCCUCCACCACCUCCACCUCCUCCUCCACCUUUGCCAUCCAAGGAAGAUGCCACCAAAUCCGUAGAGAAAAGUGACAGCUUUGUUAAACGUCAGAGUGUGGAAAAGGGAGUCCAGCACUCCUCUGGUGUUCCACCCGCACAUCUGUUUGAUAGCAGUCAGCUAGUGAGUGCCAAGAAGAAGCUUAAGAAGACUGGUGAUCUAGAGGGUUUACAGAGGAGGAGAGUGAGUUCCCCAAUGGAUGAAGUGCUGGCUUCCUUGAAACGUGGCAGCUUUCACUUAAGAAAAGUUGAGCAGAGAAGUCUCCCUCCUUUUCCUGAUGAAGAUGAUAGUAAUAACAUCUUGGCGCAGAUCAGGAAAGGGGUGAAACUGAAGAAAGUACAGAAAGAUGUUUUGAGAGAAUCCUUUACAAUUCUGCCUGAUACUGACCCUCUGACAAGGAGCAUCCAUGAAGCAUUGCGAAGGAUUAAGGAAGCAUCACCUGAGUCAGAGGAUGAAGAGGAGAGUUUGCCUUGCACAGACUGGGAAAACUGACCUGUGCUUGACAGCCACCAACAUGAGAAAAGAAACCCCAGUUGAAGAUUACUUUUCUUCUGCAUUUCUGAGAAUUCAGAGCCAGCAGUUACGACCAUCAAUUCCACAAGAGGCUUUCUUUGGCAAAGAAAUAGUCUUUCUUUGGCAAACAACUCAGUACAUGGAAAAAAAUGGCCUGAAAUCUUAAUUUUAGGUCAUUUUUUUCUUUAUUUGUUCAAACAAAUUCUAGUUUGGGCAGAAAGCUGAGUUUAGAUGUGCAUUUUAUACUAUCAAGAAUGCCCAAUUCUUAAGCACUUUUUAUAUUUGCGUUAGUAAUGUAUGGCCAGUUAAGUGAGGGGAGCAUUUUGAGUUGGGAGACUACUUGCUGUUAAAGUAACUUUGGGUUUCCAAACCAGCUAUAAAAUGUCCCCUUCACUGCACUGAAUAUCUCAUGUGCUUGAAAAUUCAACUAAAUGGCUCCCUGCAGAGAUGCUCGCUGUGUAGCAGACUGAUAUUCCAGAAAGAGGAGAAUUCCUAGUUGCACUACAGUAGCUGAAAUUCAGUAACAUGCAACUAAGACUUUUUUUCUUCUUACCUUGAAUAAGCAUAUGUCAGUAUGAAAAGCAACAGUGACCACAGCACAAUGAGAAUUAAGAGUUGAAUUCAGUAAUAUUCAAGAAUGUGUUUGUUUCCGUCAUGAUACAUUUAGCAAGACAUACUGCAGCACCUUUUUAGAAGGUCAUUUGUAGUCUGACAUCUUUUUAAAGUAGACAUUUUCAUGCUUUUUUAAAAUAAUAUUUAGCUAUGCUGAACCAAGUUAGUUAUACUUUAUCAUUUGUUAUAAGAAGCAAUAUUUUGUAAUUUCAUACUUAAAAGUAUUUUUCUCUUUUGGUUUUAAAUGGCUUUUGAUUAGUCUAAGCAGCCUUCUUUGAAAAAGAUCAAAGCACUUAAGCAUACUGAUGAUUCAGUUGUGAAAAUCAUGCUUUUCUUGCUGGUUUUCAUUAUUCCUGUUAGUGGCUGCGACAGUGUUUGUAUUUCAUACCCAAAAGCCUAUUGGCUGAAAAAAAUUUCUUUUGAUUCUGACUGUUUUAUUUUUAAAGGAGAGUUACAACUUCCUCUGCAGUGCAUACUUAGGAGUAGUCCUAAACUUCAUGACUAAUGGCUGCAGGCAGCUACUCUUAAUGAUACCACAGUACCAAGAGGUAUGUCAAUACAGAGAUACAAGUAGCCUUGUACCACCUACAAACCUCGUGUGGUAUUAAAAAUCAGCCCAUUACAGUUCUAGGAAAGCUGAAUUUUCACUAGCAUUUUUUGUUUUUACUAGCGUGACAUACACUGUGUUUGAGAAAUACACAGUCCCUGUCCUUUGUGUUGUGUGGUCCAUUCACUGUUCUUCUUUUGACAGAUAAACUACUAUAUGGGGAUCUGGGUUCUUUUAAGUGGAGUUACUCAUUGCUGCUGUCGUGUAAUGGAACACGUACUGUGUUAACAUUUAAAACAGGGGAUUUCAUGUCUUGCCGUUUACUUACAGAGAGAGGAGCAGGAGAACUUACCUUAGCAAUAGGCUGUUUAACCUAAAGGAACCUCGCCUCUGGGACCCUUCAGUCUAUUGAAGAUGUUUUGCUGUGGCUGUCCAAAAAUUAAAGCUCUGUCAAACAUCUCGAAAGGAUUUUCUUAACCGUGUUGCCUUACUUAUAAAGUUAGUGAACAUAGAUUUUCAAAGCAACUGCGAGCAGUGUUACAGUAGAGUUGUAUCAGUUUAUCUGUAUUAGUUGCCAGGUCUCUAUUUUUCAGCUCUGUGAAACACCUGAUACUGGCUUUCCAUAGGCCUAAAACUACAUGAUGCUUUUUUCAUAAACUUACUCUCUGAAUUCUGAGUUACAUGGUAUGGUUGCAAGCUUUCUGAUGCUGUGUUCAUGCAGCAAUGGCAGCAGUUUCAAGGUUCAUCAUAAUCAUUUGAUACUGCCUAUACCAUAAGCUGUUUUGCUUUACAUUUGUUUGUACUUUCAGUCACACCAUACAUCAAAACCAAGGUAAUCAAAUAAAUUUUUGGCUGUAGCACAAAGCAGAACUAUGAUGUAGAAUGGUAAUUCACAUUAUACAUUUCAUCUGAAACAUAGUGCUAAAUUAACAGUGGUGAACAAGUAACUUUUAUGUCCAUUUUUUCCUAUUUUUCAGCCUGCGGUUUUAUUCCUUGGAGUAUGCAUAGAGAACACUAGCAAAAUUCCAAGCCGAGGAAAAAUAGUGUAAUCUUAAAGUAUGUGUGCAGUGGUUCCCUUGCACAACAUGUUUAUCUGCAGUUUACCACUGUGGUGUUAUCUAAAUAGCUCCAUGCUAUACUGUACUACAGUUUUCAGAUAACGUUUGCCAUGUGAUCUGUCAUCUUUGCCUUGAAAAAUGUGUGCAUGAUUGGUAAAAAUUACUCUCCUUAAUCUGUUUCAUAUUUAGCUGAAAUCUUAGAUUUCUGUAGUAGCUUAGUCUGAAUAGAAAUGGAGUUCUCAUAUGAGCAUGUAUUUUAUGGGCACACAAAAAGUAGUUACGCUGAGCAUAGCAGUAUAUUUAGUUCAAAACUGCCAUCUUCUGUGUGGAAAGUGAAUGGGGUUUUUUUCCACAGCCUGCUCAAAAAAAAAAAUCCUGAAUUUAAAUCUCCAUGAGUCACUAGAUGUCACAAUUUCACAUAAUUUUCACUACGAUAUAAAAAUUGUGCAUAUGUAGUGUACACAGGCUAGUGCAUAAAACUUAACAUCCUUUGUAAUGUGAAAUUUUCCAGUGGGCUACAGCAGAAAAUGGGGAAAGUUUAAGUAUAUUUAAAGAAACUUAUGGAAAUUAUGACAGUCCUGCAUUGAAGUCAGUUCCUCCACAGCUGAAAAAAAAGCUGUAAUGAUUGUGUUGGUUCUUGAGAAAUCUUGGCAAGCAUCACUAAGGAAAACCAUGUAAACAUGAGCAAGGAAAGAGAGCCUCCAUGAAAAGACCUGCCUAUUGAUAUUUUUCAUUUUAUUGUUGUGGCUGAGUUGUUCUGUUGCUAGUUAUUUAUCUUAAAUAGUUCGUCAGCUUUUGGGCUUUUUCCAUUUUUAGAAAUUUCUUUCUUUGUUCAAAUUAAGUGUUUUACUAUGGUGUAACUGAUCCAGUGAGGUAAAGAUUUGGAAUGCGUAACGUUUAUUGUACAAAUGCUUAUGUAAGGACUGAAAGAUCUUGUAUGAGUGGGAACAAGAAAUUAAAUGCUCAGUUUCUACUAAAAUAACCAAAAUGUUAGGUAAACAGCAAUAGUCUUUUAUUCAGAAAUGGAAUWUGUAUCAACAAGUAUUUCCUGUUCUCACUCACAGAGGUUCCAGAUCCUUUACAAUGACCAAUAGUCUUACUCACUUUACUGUAUUUCCAUGUUAGUUAUCUGUCUAGGGUAGAUGAAGGCUUUUUUAUUUUUCUCAAACUCACUUAAGUUUUGCUUCAUUUUUUUUUUAAACUCUGACAGUCUGCGUUCUACACCAGACACUUGUAAAAUAAAUUAGUAUGAUUAUAUAUUGUGCUCUUUUGUGACUGAAUUGGGGAUAGAACUCAACAUACUUCACUACAUUAUUUGUAAAGAAUCAUUUUGCGUAUAAGCACUAUAUUCUGUACUGUUUAAUAAUAAAGUAAUGAUAGGUGCAUUAUUGAACAUGCAACUUAUUGAGAAGAGGAGGCAGAAACAUUGGUUAAUGUUACCCUUAUUCCAUUUGUUGCACUUAAUUUCUAAGAGUGUAAUUUGUAAAUCAAGUUUGCUCAUGCGUGUGUUUUCAUUGUAAUGCUUAUGUAAUUAAAUUACCAGGAUAUAUUUCUGGUAAUGAUUCCAUAAGCAUGGACAGUAUGUUGUUAAUGUUUCGCACUACAGAAUUAAGAACAAGCAAAGCUUCUUGCAAAGAAAAGGAGUAACAGAAGCACCUUACUGGGAGAGCAUGUUGCAUGAUUCCAGUGCUCUUUGAGCUGACAGACAGUAGGUCAUUCUAAACUUGACUGCAAAUUGCUCUUUGGUGUAAUAAGCACAUCAACAUAUUGCUGUCAAUGCUGUCAACACAAUGGCUAUUUUUAACCUAUAAAUAUACUGUAAUUUAAGUUUUCCUACAAAGUGAAUUUAUAUUUAAUUGCUGCCUAAUACAUAAAUACUUAGAAUUUUUAGGAGGGUCGAGGGAG